AUUUUGAAAUACUUCGGUUAUGGUUCGUUGACAUUUUGGAAUCUUUGGAAAACAAAUACACAUGAUCAUGUGUUUUAUUGGUUGUAAACAGUGGGUUCUAUUUCGUCAUUAUUUCGUAAAGACACGUAUCUUAACUGGGAUGUAUCUGCAUCUAUAUAAACACACUACUUAUUCCAGUGUUUAGUUACUGAACAGAUCAUCACAAUGUGGAGAUUUAAAGCAUUUUGCAAUAGCAAGAAGGAUAAUUCCUUGGCUGACAAAAAGAAGGCGAGUUGUUGUAGAGACGGUCUUCCAUUUACCGAGGAAUGGGACAGACUGAUCAGUAAAGGCGUGUCCCCUAAGGAAAUCUGGGAAACUCGGUACGAAGAGGUUAAUAGGAUCAACUCGGACUUCACACAUAAACUGGAAUUCAGUUGUGAAAAUGGACCCAAGAAGUCAAUGACACCAAGCCUCGCGUCGGCGGUUGAGCACUUGCUGCUCAUCUUUGGCAAGGGCUACGUGCAAGAGAUGCAGGGGCGAUGGGAGAAGGCGCAGGAGUUUGGAAUGUCGUCUGUUGAAUUCUGGGACCAGGAGGCUUCCAAGUUUGAGAAAAAACACUGGUGGUGGCGAUGGAUGGGGAAGAAGAGCGACGGGAAGAAGGAGGUGAAGAGGAGCGAGUUUGAUGAAGAAACGCUCAAAGAUUAGAUUGAUCUAUUAAUUUUAGAACCAUUUUAACAAGGCCUUGGACUUUCAGAAGGAUGUAACUAUCUAUUUCUUGCGUCAAAACAAAUUUUAGAAUGACGCUUAUUUCAAGCGAAAUAUACACCAAUUUCGUAGUCUUAACUCAAAACCCAGACAAAUCGUGUUGAUUUCAAAUAGCCAUGGCUGAUUGCUCAGCAACGAAAAAGACAGGCCUACGUCACAUUGCUGUUUGACACAUUUACCCAAAGUCCAAGCUCUUGUUAAAAUGAUUCUAAAUAUGUACAUGCAUGCAUGUAUGCGCAGAUAUCAAUUAAUAGAGGUGUAAUAAUAAAAUAGUGGUUUGGUCAUUCUUGUCCUGUUCUCUUAAAGCAAAAUGAGCCAGCUUUGUUCAUUCAGACUGAUUGUAUUUAUGUAAGUAUAUUUUAUCUAUGUACGUCUUGUGCCAUUUACAUGGUUUUGAGAGAAUAAAUGUCCUGAUUGUAAAUUGCCGUUUUACAAAAAGAAUGUUAAAGCCAUGCAUUUCCAGGGCAUUAAUUGAGAAAUUAAAUAUAAUUUAUAUGGUACCUCGGUAGAAACAAAAACGGGUUACAAUCGUACUGUUUGUUUGGCCUUACGCUAGAUUUAAAAGGUCACCAUUGAUAACUGAUAGUCUCACUCCUUAGGAAUUUUAUUUUGCAUUUCAUUGCUGCUGAUAUAGUUUUCAUAAUUUUUAAUUCAUUUGUUUUCAUACUGUUUAUUAUGUUUGUUUAUAUAUAGAUCGAUUUUUAAAAAAAAAAAUCAGUUCAUGUAUCAUUGUUUUGUUGUUAUGAAAUAGUUAUAUACUUUAUAUACUUUUUAUACAUAUAUAUUGACAUAUAAAUGCAAAUGUAUUGUGUAUAUAAGUUUGUGAUGUAAAGAAAUGAAUUGUCGUUUUUGUACAUGAAAAGCCAUGACCCAAUUUAUUAACUGUUGUUUUAUUAUGUCUUUAUACUAUCGAUCAAACUAAAAUAAAUUG